AUGUCGCAUUCUAAACCAAUUGAGGUUGAUUUAUUUUUUCUGACUCAUCAAAAUACUCUUCUUGAAGACAUCCCUCGUGUCGAAUUAACAACGCAAGCUGCUCACGAUCGUUUCAAUCUCCUUUUGGCUAAACGCCGGCUCUCAGUAGCCACUCAGGCCGGUGAUGAGGGCCUGUAUGAGUUUAUUGACCGCCUCAUUAAUCUUGCUCGCACCGCUAACAUUCCUCGAAACGAUCCAUUAGUUUCAAGAUCCUUUUAUCGUGGUGCUAGCAAUCGUCAACUUGCUUUGCUUGCUUUUCACUUAUUUGUUGAAGUUUUGAUUAUAAAAAUGCAAUUUUGCAAUUUUAAUCCUCGUCGCCAAAUGUUCCGUGGUAAAUAA